GUGGCUAUCAGGGCAAGGUGUGAAAACGUGCAAUAAAAGUAGUAAGCUGUCCGGCUGAAUAGUUCAUUAUAUGUGUAUAAAGAUCCAUGCCAAAUAUUAGAGAAUAAACAAUGGCAUGUAAAAUAAUAAAAUGUUGUGAAACUAUUGCUCGCACCCCUCUUAUUUGGCGAGUUUUAAAUAAAGGUCCAAGUUUUUCUCAUAGUAUUUUACAACAUAAUUUUAAACUACCACAAGUGCAGAGUUCAUUAACUAAUGUUCGAAAUGUUUCAUUUUUUAAUCGAUAUCCUGCUGAACGAUUAUGGAAAAGUGCGACAAGUGUUAGUAAUGCAGGAAAAAAGCGAGGACGAGGUAAAUCAAGGAGAAUGAUAAAAAAUUUAAACAGAGGACAAGUAAUUGGUGUUGGAAAAGUGAAUAUGGUUUGGCCAGGUUUAAAUGCUCCUAUAAUAAGAGGAAGAGAGCUCGUGGAGCAGAAACAACUUCCAGAAAAUCCUGAAAGAGAAAAACAACUUUUUAAGUUAAGAGAUUCAAUUGCAAAAAAGAGAAAAGUUAAAUUACAUCCACUAGAGAGGGGUUGGACCGGUGGAAAACCUGGCGGAAGAAAAAUUGGACCACCAGAUCCUGUUGGCACUGAAAAAUUUGAAGGAUUUGAAUCAGUUAUUUUGGAAUACAAACUAGUUACUGUCAUGACUGGAAAUAUGGGUAGAAAAAGAAGAGUGAGCGCUAUGGUCAUUACAGGCAAUAAGAAUGGCUUGGCAGGGUUUGCUGUAUCCAAAGCAUCUGAAGGGAAAUCGGCGUUAAGAAUUGCUAAAAAUCGUGCUGCAAUGAAACUUAUGUUUAUUAACAGAUAUAAAGAACAUACCGUAUUCCAUGAUUUUUUCUGUCAAUUUGGAAAAACUAAAAUUUUUGUUACAAAAAAAGGUGAAGGAUAUGGAUUGCGUUGUCACAGAGCCAUUAAAAGUUGCUGUGAAAUUAUUGGAAUAAAAGAUUUACAUGCUAAAGUUGAAGGAUCUCAUAAUUUGCAACAUAUUAUUAAAGCUUUUUUUAUUGGUUUAUUGCAACAGAAAACACAUGAGCAGUUGGCUGAAGAAAAGAAAAUGCACCUUGUUGAAUUUAGAGAUGAAAAUGAUGAUUUCCCAACCGUAGUAGCUUCUCCUGCCCAAGUAAGGAAAGCAGAGGAAAUAAAGUCAGACGAAAUUAUGGAUUUUACUCAAUACGUUAUGGGGGGUAAAGUAGUGUUAAAAAAGAAAAAAUUUCCUCCAUUUUUUCAUCGCCUUCCUUCGUGGACGAUUAGGUUACGAAAGACAGCAUAUUUAAGAAAUAAGGAUGAAGUAAGAACGCGUUUGUAUGCUGAACACGGAGAGUUAAGAAGUUUCUAUACCGACAAAUAUCCAGAAGCAAAACCUAAGCUAUGGAGUAAAAAUUUAAGAAAAAAAGAGGAAAUUGAAUUUGAAUAAAUCUAAAAUUAUGAGAUCUUGUAUACGAAUAAAUUGGUUAAAAAAAAAAAAAAAAAAAAAAAAAAAACAAUUAUUUAUAAUCCGAUAUUGCUUUUUCAGCUCAAAAAUAAAGCAAAUAAAUUUUUUUACAAGUUUUUCCAUAACCGCAUUAAUUGAACUAAUUUGAGUUCAUUGAAAAGUUGAACUAAGUUGAACAGACAGUCUAGCCGACUUUUUUAAUCUAUUAAAUUGUUCAGUCUCAAUGUAAUAUAUAAUUACAUUAAUAACUCAAUUAAUUAAAGUAUACAUCGUUAAUAAAUCAUGACAUUUAUAUUAUGACAAAAUUGAGUUAAAAUUGUUCUAGAACACCAAUUUAAACGGAGUAUUAUUCAAAAAUAUUUGAAAUAAAAGAUUUUAUGAUUCAAUAAUAACAAGUUUAACAAGCAAAAUCUAUUUUAAUAUGUUUAUUAUUUAAUAAUAUUCAUUUAUUUAUUUAUUUAUUUAUUCGAUAGUUCGUUAAAAAGUUGUAAUUUUUAUUUCGAAUUGAUUUUCUGAUGGACUAAAGAUUUCAAACGCCGAGCAUCUCGAUUUAGGUAAAAGUGAUAAAAACAAUCUGCAAAAUUUAAUUUCUAUAAAAUAAGGAACGAAAAGUAUAGUUUGGUAGUUUGAGAAUAGUUGACGAUGAAAUUCGGUGAUUGACUUUUUGCUUCUCUUCUUGGAUUAUCAUAUGAUUCUUCGAUAUUAUUGGAGUUGUGGUCAAAAAUAUCUACCUUUCAUUUUGACUAAAUUUCGCGCCAUAAAAUCAUUAUAGAGUACAUCAGUAGAACUGAUUAUAAACUGGGAUCGAAAAUUGAAGAAUGAUCCAUGAUAUUCGAGAAUGUUUUGGUAUACUUAUCACAUUCCACUUUACUGCAUUAUUAAUUAUUCCUUCGUUGGUCGACUAGACGAAAAUUACCUCCUAAUACUGGUUAAGCUUCAAAGGGUUACUAUAUCGUUUAUUUGAUGGAAUAUUAGAUUUGAGUUUAUCUCAGUUAAGAACAUGAGUUUUUGUUGAAUUACAUAUGAGCGUUCCCUAUAUUCUUACUCGAAUAACGCUAAACACUAUUUUUAUAGUAUAAAAUAAAUAAUAACUCAUUUAAAUAAUAAUUGUUUAUUAAACUUAAAUAAUUAUCAAUUGAAUAUACGCUCUGAAUUCCAUGAAUUAUUAAAUUCAACCGUUCAAACUAAAUAGUUGCAAUUCGUAUGUAAUUAUUUAUUCUAAUGCGUAUUUAUAUACUUAUAUCUCUUAAAUUUACUUUAUUCAAACGUUUAGUUAUUUAUAUUUAAUCUUAAAAAUAGAAACGCAUCCGUGUAAGUAGUUACUUUAGUUAAACUUAUUGGCAAUUUAUAUACAAUACAAUAUACUCUUGGCAUCUAUCUGUUACACAAUAAAGUUCUUUAAAGUAUCAAGUGUGACUUGAUUUUUUUUUCAGAUUUAUUCAUUUUCAUUUUUUUUUCUUGGUCACGUGAGAAAAAUCAAAUAAAGAGUGCGAAUAACGUUUUUUCGAUUUUAAUUCACGUAAAUAGUUUAUAUUAAUUAAUGGUAUACAUACUCGUUAUAAAAGCAACCAGAUCGAGUAAUAAUCUAUCAUCAUUACUUAAAUCAUCUUUCAUACUUAAUCAAAUUUUAAUUUCAUAUAAAGUAACAAUUAUAUUAUAGCCUAUUUAAACGUAAGAAAGAACUUGAUAGUCACAGCUCAAGUAGAAAAUUAUAGUAUUUUUGUAUUUAUCCAAUCAUUUUUAGUAAAUAAAUGUAAUACAAAAAAAAAA